CUUUUUGUAAAACAAGCUUGAACUGCAUCACGGUGGACAUGAACGCAAAUUCGGAAACUGGCGAUCAUCUCGGCGAGAUCUACGAAUGGAUCGAUCAAAUCAAGCUUUCCAGGCCGAAAAGAAACAUAGCCAGAGAUUUUUCUGAUGGCGUGUUGAUGGCGGAGCUGCUGAAACGUUAUUAUCCCAAGCACGUGGACGUGCACAAUUAUGUCGCCGGCAAUAGCAUUACAAAGAAAGUUGACAAUUGGUGCACGUUAAAUCGCAAAGUGCUGUCGAAGAUCGACAUGAAACUGGGAAAGGAGGUGAUCAAUCAGCUGGCGAAUUCCCAGCCAGGUGUUAUCGAGAAAGUCCUUGCUGAUCUGCGGGCAAAAAUCAUGAAGGAUUCUAUUGCCGACCGGGAUUCCUUGUACUCCAGUCAUGAAGGUGGUAAAGGUGAAACAGUGAAGUCCAUGUUGAGUCUUGACGAGGUGGAGAACAAAACCGUUCCCCGGCACGUCUUUAUUCGCUUGAAACAAGAAUUACAAGAGAAGAACGAUGAAAUCGCCACGCUGCAACAAAAGAUUUUGCAUCUGGAAAACAUAAUGAGACUAAAGAAUCAGAGGAUCGACGAUCUUACGGCACAAAUCAUGCGGCCAUCGUCUGAGCGGAACGUCACAUCCAUACCGCGUCCUCACGUUAUUGGUAGCAGUAUCUUGAAGCUGUGUGCCUCCACCAAGUUAUCGCAAUGAAAUCUCAAAUAUUACGCCUGCUCUCUGAGCAUACAAUAGAUUUUCAUCACGCGACGAAGCAUAUUCUCUUGCUCUUAGUUUUUACACCGUAUUAUAAGAAUACACUUUUUAUUAUCACCUAUUUGCAUCGCUUACAGAAUUUAUCUUGCGAUAUGAAUAUAUAUAAUCUUACAACA